CUGUUUAGUUACUGUGUUCGCCGUAGUUGUUGCUCAAGUUGUGUAUUCUGACUAAUUUAAAUCAUUGCACAAUGGUCGAACAAGACACAAAGGAAUUUGAACUAUCCAGUGUUGGUGGUUUUUACAUCUCUCGGAAACAUUUUAGAACUUUUACGAUGGAUACAUUCAGGUCUAUGUUUUUAUCACAUCAGUGAAGUUAACAGAUGUUGAAGAAUAAAAGGAACCAAGCUCCGAGAAGACUGAAGUACGAUGAUGAAAUCUAGCAUCUUAAGGGAAGAAAUAAUUCUGGUGUCAAAGGGAAAACUGUUACAGUUUGUUGAAAGCCAACACAAAUGGGAAGAACUACACUCCGCAGUCAAGUUCCAUCUCCUGCGACUAGGGGAUGAUUUCAUUCUUCGGAUUUCAACCGAUGGUCCUGAAUCUGUACUUGUGGUGGAAGCCUGCACAUCAGACAUUGUGGGAGUCAAACCCAUGUCAGAAAAACGCCUGCAAGUGGAUUUGGGAACUGUCAGGUUUUGUCUCCAAUUUAACACCAAUCAAGACAUGACACAAUUCUCUUUGAUUAUCAAGAAUGUACUCGAUGAGGUGCAGUCCAGAGCUGGACUAUUGAGGCAAUAUUCCCCUGCAAUGGCGAUGCCAAACACCAAAUCUACCAAAGGAGCAGACAUAGAAGCAUUAAUUGAGAGCAUGACGAGGGCUAUUGCAAGUGGAGAUUGUGAAUCAGCGAGUCAUGCAGCAAUAUCACUAGCUCAGCAUAAAGUCAAGUUGAGCACCCAAGCUGAUGAGAUUGGAGACAUGCCUGGUAAUCGCAGCAAAUUUAACCUCGAUGUAGUUCUAGAAGAUCGGCUUUCAUCAGGAACUAAGAUCAGACUACCAGAUGUCAUUCCCAACAUGACCAUCGCAUACUUAAAGAAAUUGGUUUUCCAGAUGUAUGAUUUCCCAGUUGAAGUGCAACGUUGGAUAAUCGGACAGAAGAUCAUCAAAGACACCGAGUCGCUGAUAGAUCUACGAGUCAAUUCCAGCACCCCAGUCUUCAUCUACCUCAUCUCUGCUGAAAAGGCUGGUAUAACCAGACAAGGGGUUGAGGUCGGCAGACAGGCUUUAUUGGAAGAAAGGCAACAACAAGCGCUCUUUCAUCAAGCUGGCAAUGCCAGUAUGUUUGCGCCACCACCAUCCGUCAUCAGGACAAAGCCUGUCGUCAGAGUACCCAAGAAUGACCUGCCGAAUGUUGUCCCAUCUGUGGCUCCUCAAGCUGCUCCACCUCCAAGGAAACGCACUGCAGCGGAAGUCGGCUGGCACUGCCCUGCGUGUACCUUAAUUAAUCCCCCUAGGGUGCCGGGGUGUAACGCCUGUAUGACUGAAAGACCAGAUGACUACGACCCACCAGCUGUGGGCUCCUACAUUAUGGAUGAUGCUGAGAAGAGAAUACAGGAUGACCAAGAUCGCAAUGAUGCCUUGAUGAUGGAGAUGGACCGGCAAGAUAAGAUACAAGAGCAGAAAGACCGAGGUGCAAAUUACCAGAUGCUGGUAGAAACAGACGUAAUGUCUUUAGUACCCAACACAGAGAUGUUUCAAUGUUUAAUCUGCUUCGGUGAUGUUCCACAGGGGGAGGGAGUCAUGCUGAGGGAAUGUCUACAUACAUUUUGCAGAGAAUGUCUACAAGAAAACAUAAGACACAACACAGAGCCUGUCAUAAUGUGUCCUUACCAAGACGGAGACUACAGCUGCCCGGAAGUUAUUAUAGAAAGAGAAAUCAAAGCGCUGGUCGGAUCCCAAGAGUUUCAGCAGUAUUUGAACCGAGGGCUAGCAGUAGCGGAGAAUCAGGCAUCGAACGCCUUCCAUUGCAAGACACCAGAUUGCACAAGCUUCUGUUUCUACGAUGACAACAUUAACUUCUUCCCCUGUCCGGUCUGUAAUAAGCAAAACUGUUUGACGUGUAAAGCCAUCCAUGAAGGAAUGAACUGUAAAGAGUAUCAGGAAGAUUUACUGAGGAGGUCCGCUAAUGAUCAGGCUGCAAAGAAGACUAAAUUGACGCUGGAGAAAAUGAUCAAAACUGGUGAAGCGAUCAACUGUCCUCAGUGUGGAAUCAUCAUGCUGAAGAAAGAAGGCUGUGAUUGGGUUAGAUGCUCAAUGUGUAAAACGGAAGUGUGUUGGGUUACCAAGGGACUGCGGUGGGGACCAGCGGGAAAUGGUGAUAUAACAGGUGGAUGUAAAUGCCGAGUUCAGGGGAGGAAGUGUCAUAUAAAUUGUCAGAAUUGUCACUGAGUGAAUGAACUAGGAACCAUUUAUUGUGAUAAUAACAAGAAUUUUGGGAGGCUAUUCAUCCUUACUCAAAGCUUAGAAGCUGAAUUGCAAUGGACACGGCUACACUGUGUUCAAGCAGCUGGCAUGGAAGAACGCCAGCCACAUAUUGACCCAUUGAUUACCACAGAGCACAUCCAGAGAUCGGUGGGGUUUGAUUUUUCUGGAGGGAUAAAAACCAGAGCGCCCGGGAAAAACCAUGGCAGAGGAGAGAACCAACGCACAACUCUAAACACAUAUGGCCUAGCCAGGUAUCAAACUUGGGUCACAUUGGUGAGAGGCAAGUGCUUUAUGCUCAUUAGCCAACCAUACCCCACAAGCCAGAGGAGAGGACAACGCACAACUCUACUCACAUAUGGCCCUAGCCAGGUAUCAAACUUGGGUCACAUUGGUGAGAGGCGAGUGCUUUGUGCUCAUGAGCCAACCAUACCCCACAAGCCAGAGGAGAGGACCAACGCACAACUCUACUCACAUAUGGCCCUAGCCGGGUAUCGCACCUGGGUCACAUUGGUGAGAGGCGGGUGCUUUGUUCUCAUGAGCCAACCAUACCCCACAAGCCAGAGGAGAGGACCAACGCACAACUCUACUCACAUAUGGCCCUAGCCAGGUAUCAAAAUUGGGUCACAUUGGUGAGAGGCGGGUGCUUUGUGCUCAUGAGCCAACCAUACCCCACAAGCCAGAGGAGAGGACCAACGCACAACUCUACUCACAUAUGGCCCUAGCCAGGUAUCAAAAUUGGGUCACAUUGGUGAGAGGCGGGUGCUUUGUGCUCAUGAGCCAACCAUACCCCACAAGCCAGAGGAGAGGACCAACGCACAACUCUACUCACAUAUGGCCCUAGCCAGGUAUCAAACUUGGGUCACAUUGGUGAGAGGCGGGUGCUUUGUGCUCAUGAGCCAACCAUACCCCACAAGCCAGAGGAGAGGACCAACGCACAACUCUACUCACAUAUGGCCCUAGCCAGGUAUCAAAAUUGGGUCACAUUGGUGAGAGGCGGGUGCUUUGUGCUCAUGAGCCAACCAUACCCCACAAGCCAGAGGAGAGGACCAACGCACAACUCUACUCACAUAUGGCCCUAGCCAGGUAUCAAACUUGGGUCACAUUGGUGAGAGGCGGGUGCUUUGUGCUCAUGAGCCAACCAUACCCCACAAGCCAGAGGAGAGGACCAACGCACAACUCUACUCACAUAUGGCCCUAGCCAGGUAUCAAACUUGGGUCACAUUGGUGAGAGGCGGGUGCUUUGUGCUCAUGAGCCAACCAUACC